AAAGAUUGCUACAGAGUAUUUCAGAGUAGAAGCUUCAGCUCCACUCUGCUCCAACGCACUGUCUUAUCUGUUCUAUCCAAUCGCUUCAUCUUCAUCUUCCAUGGCUUCUUCUGUGUCUUUUGCCUGUUUUCUUGGGUUCUUUCUUUGUUUUUUGAUGGUCGGUUACGUCGAAUCGAGAAAUUUUCACGAGCUUUUCCAGCCCAGCUGGGCUUUCGACCACUUCAUCUACGAAGGAGAGCUUCUUAAGCUUAGACUCGAUAACUCAUCUGGUGCUGGGUUUUCAUCCAAGAGCAAGUAUAUGUUUGGGAGGGUCACAAUCCAAAUAAAACUCGUAGAGGGUGACUCUGCUGGAACUGUAACUGCAUUUUAUAUGUCAUCAGACGGCCCAAAUCACAAUGAAUUCGACUUCGAGUUUCUGGGGAAUACCACAGGCGAACCUUACUCGGUCCAGACCAACGUGUAUGUAAACGGCGUGGGCAACAGAGAACAGAGACUCAACCUCUGGUUUGACCCAACCAAGGACUUCCACUCCUAUUCCAUCUUCUGGAACCGUCGCCAAGUAAUAUUCCUUGUGGAUGAAACCCCAAUCAGAGUACAUUCAAACUUGGAGCACAGAGGCAUACCCUUCCCGAAGGACCAAGCGAUGGGGGUGUACAGCUCAAUAUGGAACGCCGAUGAUUGGGCGACGCAGGGCGGUCGGGUUAAGACGGAUUGGUCCCACGCGCCAUUCAUAGCCUCGUACAAGGGUUUCGAGAUCGAUGGGUGCGAGUGCCCGGCGACGGUGACGGCGGCGGACGUUGCUCGGAAGUGCAGCAGCAAUGGGGAGAAGAAGUAUUGGUGGGACGAACCAACGAUGUCGGAGCUGAAUCUGCACCAAAGCCAUCAGCUGCUGUGGGUUCGGGCUAAGCACAUGGUAUAUGACUAUUGUACGGACAACGCUCGGUUCCCUGUUACUCCUGCUGAGUGCGUCCAUCACACCCACCGCCAUUGGUGAUGGGUUUGUGUUUCCACUGUACAAAGAAGAAAUUAGAGUGCAGAAUGGAGGAGGAAGAAGAAGGGGAGGAGGAGAAAUGUGGAUAAUGUGGCUAUGAAACAUGUGCUCCAUGUUCUGUUUUUGAGUUUUAUGAUGGCUAAAAUUGCAGGGUUAGUGGGAUUUCCGGUGGUUUGUGGGUGUGUUUAUCAGUGGUCGUAGUACGAUAGAAUUAAUCAAAAUUAAUUUUCUCUUUAAAUA